AUGUUACAGGUGGAAGCAUACAUGUUUGGUUCUGUACCAUUGAAAACUUAUCUGCCGGAUGGGGACAUCGACCUGGCGGUGUUCCAAGGAAAGGGGCCACGACUGCGUGACGUCUGGACUUAUGAGCUGAGUGCUUUGCUUGAGGCAGAGGGACGCAAUGCUCUCAACCCUCACAGAGUCAAGGAUGUCCAGAUCAUCAAUGCAGAGGUGAAGCUUUUGAAAUGCCUUGUGGACAAUAUUGUGGUGGACAUCUCUUUUGACACGUUGGGCGGCCUAUGCACUGUUGCAUUCCUGGAGUCUAUCGACAGGCACAUAGGAAAACAGCACCUCUUCAAACGCAGCGUCAUCUUGGUGAAGGCCUGGUGCUACUACGAGAGCCGCCUGCUGGGAGCUCACCACGGUCUCUUAUCGACAUAUGCCUUGGAGACAAUGGUUCUGUACAUCUUCAAUAUGUACCACCAUGAGCUGCAGUCCCCUCUCAAGGUCCUGCGCAAGUUCCUGGUUGUCUUCAGCAAGUUCGACUGGGACGGCCACGCACUGAGUUUGCAAGGCCCCAUCCCGCUCUCAUCCUUUCCCGACCCUCAAGUUGAGCCAGUUGCUGGCGCGGAAGGGGGGGCGCUGCUGAGAGGGGAUGUGCUCAAGACGAUGCUGGAGAUGUACAGCCCUGUGCAGCAGGGGCCGGGGAAGGCCUUCACAAUCAAAAACAUGAACAUCAUGGACCCCCUGCUGCCCACCAACAACCUGGGCCGCUCUGUGAACAAGGCCAGCAAGGCCCGCAUCCGCAAGGCCCUUGCCCACGGCUGUCACAUGCUCGACUCCAUCUUUGACAAGGUGGGGCAGGAAGCGACAGAGGCGGUGGACGGCUUCUUUCGCAACACCUGGAAUGCGCAGCGCACGCAGUUGCCCUCGCUGGGCCGCCUGCACCCGGACGCCCUUCUGGCGCAUGUGCCCGCAUUCUGCCGCCCGCUCAUGGUGCCUGCGGCAAUGUCGCCCGUGCCCAGCCAGCCGCGCUCCGCCGAAUCCCACGCCUUCCACCCCGCCUACCUCAUGGCCUACGCGCCCGCCUCUGCAGCCGCCAACAUGCAUGACAGCAACGGCAACGGAGCUGUGGACCUGGGCGGUGCAGGGCGAGCCUUCAGCGGGCCCCUGCCGGAGCGGCCGCACAGCAGCGCCAGCAACAUCAGCGCCAGCAGCGAGCCUCCAGGCCCCUUCCCAGUUCCUGCAGGGGGUGAGGCGAGGGCGCGGGGUCCGUCGGGGACGGGGCAUCCCCAGAGCGUGCUGGCCAACGGAGGCGGCGCAGAGCUGCGCAGGUCCAACAGCGGCCGUGCUGGCCCCAACGGCCUCGAUCCUGGAGGCCACGGCGGCCACCAUAAGCGCGACAAUGGCACCCCUCAUCAGGGGCACUACGAGGGCCCUCUGAGGAGUAAUGGCCUGGUCAGCAUGCCGCUGACGGGCCAGGAGCAGAUGCUGCUGCCGAUGUACGCGUAUGCGCUACACGGCAUGGCCUACCCGGUCCCCUUGCAGCCCGGCAGCCUCCACAUGCGCUUCCACCCCACAUCAGUGCCCACCUUUGGGCCCACCCUCAGCCUGCCCAACGGCCGCAUCUACCAGCAGCAGCCCCCCAUCCUCCCCGCUUCAGCUGGGCUCAUGUACCAGAGGCCAGCUCCCCAGAGCAGUGCGGUCGAGGGAGCGGCACCGGCCGCGGCCCCGGCCGAGGCCUCACCGGCCAAGGACCUGCUGGAGGGCGACCUGUUCACGCUGUCGCAGCACCUCACCGUCGCUCGCCGCUGCCACACCUUUGUCACGUCGCAGGACAGCGCGCCGGCCGUGGCGGAGCAGCAGCCCCAAGAAGGGCAUCCCAACCCACAGCAGCAUCAGCCGGCACAUCUCAGAACGUCACGCUCGCAGCUUGGCCUCGACCAGCACAGGCCAGGCCAGGGGCACGGCGCGCGGCACCAACGGGGGACGGCAGGUACCAGGAAGGACAACGCGGUCACGAACAACAGGCCCCGAGCGCCUGCCAGGUCCAAUUCGGCUGACAACCUGGACAUGCGCCACAUUCGCGCGCACGCCGCAGCCGAGGCCGCCAGAGCGGCGGGCCCGGCCGGCCUCGGCCAGCAGCCGCGGCCGACAGUGCUCACUCCGCCCCUGUCUGUCAGCACGGCGGCUCCUGCUACCGGGGUUACGACUGCGCAAGCGCGGGCUGGUGCCCCGACAGAGGCGGCAGACAUCUCAGACAGGGCUUCCGGGGCAAAGGGUCCGGUCGAGCCGGAGCCGGAGGCAGCCCAGAGCAGCAGCCGGGUCAGCUCAGGCUCAGCGCAGGAGCCCAGGACGCCCAGCAUUGGACACCACAGGCCUGUGGAGGCCUCGUCCGCCACGUGCAUAGAGCCGGACGGGCAUGCGGCGGCGCAGGGUCAGCCGCAGCCAGUCAGGACGCUGGCAGAUGCCGUGCGGCAGGGUCCCAGUCGCCAGAGGGGCGCGGAGCAGCAACCGCAGCAGCACCUACAGCAGCAGCAACAGCAACAGGCGGAAUCGACGCAGCAUCAACCGGGGCCGGCUCCGACGACGCCCACCAAAGCGCAGCUGGGCCCUUACUCGAGUGCGCUCCUGGGGCUCAGCCGGCCGCAGCGCUCCCCUGUCUCCGGCCAGUCCCUGUCGCCGCCGUCAGCGGCCAGCAGAUGCGUAGCUGCUGGCAGCCCCAAGGGUCCCUUGCAUCCUGGGAGCUCUCCACCAGCAUCCCACCGCUCUGCAUCCGGAGCAGGUGCGCAGGGGCGCUCACGGGCGGAUGCCUCGGCCGAUGGUGGCCGGCCGAAGGGGGCGCAGGAGGCAUCUCAACCGGCUGCUCAGCCAGCGCUGCCGAAGCAGCCGCAGACGCCUCCGCCGGCAGCAUUCGCGCUGAGCAACGAGGGUGAUUUCCCGCAGCUGGGGGCUGUCAAGACGCGCAAAGCCUCCAGACGCGGAAACCCCGGCGGCCAGUCGCCAGCGGGGUCGGCUGCGCAAACGCCGGUCGCGGACAGCAAGCCCACCUCGCCCAGCUUCUCUACUGCGUCCACGCCCGUGACUGCCACCGGCGCAAAGCGUGUGUGGGCCGGAAACAGUGCAGGCCUCCUGCAGAGCGCCGGCAACAGCCCUGCCGGCUGGCCCAGCAGGUGCAAUCCCAUCCCAUGCUACACUCUAGACACUGCAUUUGCUUGUAACCCCUGCUCCUACUUUCUGGAUUUUCACAAACUUCUUCACAUGUUCAGUGCUACUGUGCGUUUUGACAAGAUCCGCGUGCUUGCAGGCCGGAUGCAAAGGCAGCGCUUGGGGCGCGGCAGAACACGUCAGAUGCAGGCGGCACAAGCAGGUCGGAGGGCUCCAGCCCCAUGGCAGGCAGCGCCAAAGCCGCUGCGUGGCCGGCACAGCAGGGGCAGACAGCCUGGCGAGGCGCCGCGCCCGGGGCAGCUCUGGGCAGCAGUCCCACUGUAA